ACAUUUUCCGUUUUGGACACACCCUGAAUGGUAUGCCGUUAUAAACUUGCUUUCAGAAGGUCUGCAUUUAAAGGUUGGAGGAACGUCAGAGGUGCAGACAUGUGGGCUGAAGAUGAUUUGGGUCCAAAUGCUCCACCAUGCCUCGAUAGUUACAUAGCACCAGCUGAAGGUAAUGUCUACAGAAUGUACCAUGGCACAUCUAGGGAGGCUGCUGAGAAAAUCAAAGUCUCUGGCUUUAAACGGUCUUCUAAAGGGAUGCUUGGGCCUGGUGUCUAUCUCAGCCGAGAUCUAGAGAAGGCCUCCAGAUACCCUCUGGAUCUACCUGUGGACCAGAGAGUGGUUCUGAGAGUGAUGGUCAAUGUAGGGAAAGUGAUAAAGAUUGACCGUCAAUAUCAUCCACUGCAGACAACCUGGCAUGAAUAUGGGUAUGACACUGCCUGGUGCCCACCAAAAUGUGGCAUGGUGCGAAGCGGUCUUGAGGAAGACUGUGUGUGGGAUCCAAAUCGAAUAACAGUCAUUGAUGAAAUUCGUCCAAAGCAAGGGUGUGGUGUUUGGUAUGAGUGCUAUUACAGACAGGAUGUUCUCUGCAAGAUGUGGAAAGGACGACUCAUCACCUGUACAACUCAGCGCCUGCAGCGAGAUGACUCACUGCUCCCCUGCAUUGUUGUAGUGUGCAGUGUUCUUCUCAAUGAGCAUGAGAGCUACAUUCACUGCCUGGGCCGCGCCCACAGCGAAGCAGCUCUGAUGGAGACGGACUGCCCUCACUGUGAAGGCAUGAGUCUCCGGAUGCUCCAUGCAAGAAUCACCCUCGUUCUGAGGGACGAUCCUGCCUCCUACGCCUUCCCACCUGCCUCCUCUUUGUUAGAUCAAGAGGGACCACAUGAGGAGUCAAUGGAACACCUUCCGUGGACACACCCUGAACGGUAUGCCAUUUAUAAAUCUGCUUUCAGAAGGUCUGCAUUCAGAGUUAACAUCAGAGGUGCAAACAUGUGGGCAGAAUAUGACUUUGGUAUAGCUACUACAUCAGUUCUUCAGAGUUACUGUGAACCAGCUGGAGAUCAAAUCUACAAAAUGUAUCAUGGCACAUCCAAGCAGGCUGCCAAAAAAAUACUUAGUGAGGGUUUUCGUCAGUCUUCUGAUGGCAUGCUCGGAUGUGGUGUCUACCUGAGCCGAGAUCUAGAGAAGGCCUCGAGAUACCCUCUACAUCUACCUAUACAUGAGAGAGUGGUUCUGAGAGUGAAAGUCAAUGUUGGGAAAGUGAUAAAGAUUGGCUAUCAAGGUCAUCCACUGCAGAAGACCUGGCAUAGUCAUGGGUAUGACACUGCCUGGUGUCCUCCAAGAUGCGGCAGUGUGGCAAGUUUAUUUGAAGAAGACUGUGUGUGGGAUCCAAAACAAAUAAUAGUCAUUGAUGAAAUUGAACCAUGCCUUCAAAGCAGCAUAGAACCAGCUGGAGAUCAAGUCUACAGAAUGUACCAUGGCACAUCCAAGGAGGCUGCAGCAAAAAUAAAAAAAGAGGGUUUUCGUCAGUCUCCUGACGGAAUGCUCGGACGUGGUGUGUACCUCAGCCGAGAUCUAGAGAAGGCCUCCAGAUACCCUCUGGAUCUACCUGUGGACCAGAGAGUGGUUCUGAGAGUGAAGGUCAAUGUUGGGAAAGUGAUAAAGAUUGACUAUCAAUGUCAUCCACUGCAGAAGACCUGGCAUGAAUAUGGGUAUGACACUGCCUGGUGCCCACCAAAAUGUGGCAUGACAGAAAGUGGUUGUGAGGAAGACUGUGUGUGGGAUCCAAAUCGAAUCGCAGUCAUUGAUGCAAUUCGUCCAUUUUAAGGGGUGGGUGUUUUUCAUACAAACAAUGAAAAACAAUUUUGCUAUUUGUUAUACUGUAUUUGUGCUAUGCCUGCUGUAUUAUACUCGUUAUGAGGCUGGAGAUGAUCAUAAAUCAAUAAAGA